AUGCCAUUAUAUUGCCUCCUUCCUCUUCUUCUCUCCGCUUUAGGCAAGCCAACCGAGCGUAGUUGGCCCGGCAUCUCAGAGCAUCCACAAUUAGCAAAAGCGUUGGCCUCUUACCCGGCGCAUCCUGGAGAACCAGGUGGUCUCCUUUUACUGGCCCCUCGGCUCAAUCGGUCAGGUCAUGCCCUACUCGCUAGUCUGCUGCGUUACGACGGGCCGAGGCGCAUUUCUGCUACAGAUGCUCUGGACCAUCCAUACUUCACUGACCCACUUGUCUCUAGCCUACCCACCAAGGCGUUGGCUCGCCUUCCACCUCAGGCCAGUGUCUUUGAAGUGCCUGAUAUGAGGCUUGCUCGCGAUGCUGCCAAUCCCGGCACAAUGGCACACAGGUAG